GGUUGUUACAUAGUGACAAAUGAGAAGAGCAGAGGCAGAUCAUCUAGCUGCAGUUAAUCUUCUUUAUAAGGUUUUGGUUUUUCCCCUUCAGAGAUUUUGAACUUCAAACUGCAACUGAUAUUUUUAUGGACUUGAAGACAGAGCAAAGAUACCUUUUGCUAAUUGUUGAGACUGUUCACUUGAAAAGUUUUUAAUUACGAUGGACUACAUCUCAACUACUUAAGCACUCAACAAAUUAACAACAUAUCAAGGACAGUGCUUCUGACUUCAGUACAGGAAAGCAAUGAGGCUCUUAACUGCAGGCCUCUGGGCGGUGGUCAUGUUGGCGGGCCUGCAGCAGAUUGCUUCGUCACCUGGCACCAUCGUAGACCGCUCGUCAAAAAACCUCUCCUCUGUCCCCAGAGACCUGCCACACACGGCUGAGUUUUUAGACCUGUCAUGCAACCACAUAAAGCAGCUUCACAGCGGAGACUUUAAAAACACCACUCUCCUGAGGUUUCUGAACGUGUCAUGGAAUGGUUUAGAGGAGAUCGAUCCGGAGACAUUCCUUGACACACCUUUCCUGGAGGAACUGGACCUGUCGCACAAUAUGCUGAAGAAUCUGUCGGGUCAACAGUACCUGAAGCACACGGGUAACCUUCUGUUGCUAAAUCUGGCCCAUAACCCCUUUCCCACCAUGACACUGGGGAGUGCCUUCAGUUCCCUGGUAAAAAUGGAGAGAUUAGGACUAGGAGCAAAAAACAUCAGUGUAGGCGAUUUCAAGAGUAUUGCUGAAGUGAAACUGCGUACCCUGACCCUUUGCCUGGAGGAUGAAGUGGGUUAUGAGACAGGCAGCCUGAAGGACGUUCACACUCAGAGGCUUCAGAUAGCCUUCACUACCCAUCACAUAACGGGCCUUAAUCUGGUUGAUGAUGCUCUGUCACUCUUUGAUGAAUUGGAGUUGAUGAAUUUGACAGGAGGCUAUGAUGAACUGGGAAAGCAGCUGAGUGAGAGGGUAGAAAUCCGCACUUCAUAUCUUUAUCUCACCAACAUAUCAAUGGAAUGGAACGACUUAACUCACUAUGUAAAUGUGAUUCUGCUUAAAUCUAUAACCCAUCUGGUUGCCUCUGAUGUGGCCCUUCGCAAUUUGCCUUAUAAAGACACUGAGGUGACCCAGACAUCUAAAAUGGAGUCCUUUUCAGCCAGAAGAGUAGUGGUGAAGUCUUUCUUUUUUUCACAGGAGUCUGUAUACAAUUAUUUUAUAAAUAUGCCAGUGAAGAGUAUGUCCUUAACGGAGACAGCAAUCAUACACAUGACAUGCCCUAAGACACAGAGUCCAAUCCUCCAGCUGGACUUUUCUUUUUGUGCUUUAUCUGACACCAUUUUCUCAACAGUAGAGGGUCAAAAAACAGUUGAAUGUGAGAGUCUGGGUAAUAUGAGGAAACUGAUUCUGGUCAGCAACAAUCUUAAGAGUCUUCACUUGGUGAGCAAACGCAUACAAUACAUGAAGUCCCUGCAAUAUCUGGACCUCAGUCUCAACUCCCUGGUUUACAACGGUGUGGAGGAGUGCCUCUGGCCACCAAACAUCACCAAUAUGAGUCUGUCUUCUAAUGGUCUGGCAGACUCAGUUUUUAAAUGUCUACCUAAAGGAAUAGAGACACUGGACCUCCAGAACAACCAGAUUUCUGCGGUCCCAUCAUCCAUGUUGAAAUUGGAAAACCUUACGUCUCUGAAUCUGAACGCCAACAGGCUGCGGGAUCUGCCUGUAUGUACUGGUUUCCCCAUACUGAGUGAGCUUCUGCUUAAGUCAAACUCCCUCCAUGCCCCAUCUGUAAGCAUGCUGGAGAGCUGUCCCAAACUCAAAACCCUGGAUGUCAGUUACAACCCCUUCACCUGCACCUGCGCCCUGAGGAGUUUCAGAAGUCUUGGCAUCAAAGCUGAAAAGAAGAAAAGUCACACAGGAACUGAAUUGUUGGGCUGGCCAUCGGACUAUUACUGCACCUACCCAGAGGACGUUAGAGAUUCCACCUUGAAAGACAUCUGGAUCCCAGAGAUCACAUGUGAUGUUGGCAUUCUAGCAGCCACCAUCUUGUGCACAUCAGUAGUACUGAUUGUGGCAAUAGCGACCCUGUGUCACCGUUUGGAUCUUCCCUGGUACAUGGGCAUGAUCUGGAAGUGGACCAGAGCCAAACAUCGUGCCAGAACACAAGUUCGGCCCGAAGACCUGGUGGGCGUUGAGUUUCAUGCUUUUGUGUCCUACAGCCAGCGUGACGCCGAAUGGGUGCAAAAUUUCCUCCUUCCUAACCUUGAAGGUCAUGCAGGAGGGCUCCGAAUCUGCCAUCACGAGAGAAACUUUGUACCAGGAAAGACAAUUAUUGAAAACAUCAUCAGCUGUGUGGAGAAAAGCCGACGCUCCGUGUUUGUGCUCUCUGCUCACUUUGUCAAGAGUGAGUGGUGUCAUUAUGAGCUGUACUUCGCCAGCCACCAACGCGUUUCUCGAGGAUCGGACAGUAUUGUGCUGGUGCUGCUAGAGCCUCUGCCUCAGUACACAAUCCCAUCCAAGUACUAUCAGCUCAAGGCCAUGAUGAGCCGGCACACCUAUUUGGAGUGGCCACAGGACAGGGCCAAGCAGAGGCUGUUCUGGGCUAACCUCAAAGCUGCCCUUCAAGCAGACCUUCCAAAUGCACCUUUGCUAUAAAUAGAAGAGUGAUUGCGAAGGGGAGGCCUAAAGAGGAAAAAAGAAUUGUAAAGAGGAAGUGUGGAUGGAACAAACGGGAAAGUUUACAAGAGGAAACAUAGAAGGGGGAAGAACAUGUGGGUGCGCUGGAGAGACUGAGAGAAAAAGUGUAUAUUUUUUGCAUUCUUUUUUUAAAACAUACUGUUUUGAGCAAAAGCAUCUAAUUUUUAAUCUUGUACUAACAACUGAAGACGAAACUGUUCUUGUAAGCUUGUGCGAUAUAAAUCACAUAGUAAAUUGCUUUAAAUCAUUCAAAUGACAUUUAAUGGUAACAUUUAUAUAAACUAACAAGUUGAUCAAGUUUAUAACAAAAACAAUAAACUUUACCCAAGACUAUCAAAA